AUGUCGGCUCCGGGUGGUGCCCCUCGCCCGGCCCCACGCAGCAAUAGCAUGGGACCUGGCGCAAGCGGCACUGGCAUAGCGAUGCCUCAGCAGUCUGUGUCACAGACACCAAUCCAGCCGGCUCCGCAAACAGGACAGAGUGCCCCUCCGAGUGGUACGAUGACAACAGAAGUGGUGAACCAAAUCCAAGUCUGGUCUCCCCUGCCUCCAUUCUGGCUCUUUGCGAUGAUUGUUUCCCCCGAUGUGCCCACCCAGUCCAAGCCCGAGGCAGGCAAGUCACAGAGGCUUGAUACAUGA